AUGCUUGAGUUGUUUAUGCAGCUGCUGAAUCCGCGUUUUAGCACCGGUGGAAUAGAUUACAAUGAGCUUGUCUCAGGCAUCCUUGGCAAUGUCACAACAAGUGAUCUGAUGAAGAAUAGAUUCAGAAACAGAACAAUUGAUCCAGCUACGAACGAUCUGAUCAUGACAGAACCAAUCCAUAAAUGCGGGAUUUGGUUUGCCAAGUUCUUGGUUCAUUUUCUAGACAAAACAAUUGCAAGCUCAUUCAAAGGAAGAGAAAUAGGGAAUGAGAAGUCGAUUGUUAUUAUUGAUCUGCAACAAAUUACAUAUAGGAACAUCGAUGCCCGUGGCUUAAUCACCGGCUUUCAACUUUUGCAGGCCUACUACCCUGAACGAUUAGCAAAGCUCUUCAUUUUAAGUAUGCCAUGGUUCUUUGUCAGUGUAUGGAGGAUGCUUUCUCGUUUCCUUGAGAAAGCGACACAGGAAAAGAUUGUUAUAGUCAGCAAUGAAGAAGAAAGAAAAAAAUUUAUCAAGGAAAUUGGUGAAGAAUCCUUGCCUGAAGAGUAUGGUGGUCAAGCAAAGCUUGUAGCUCUCCAAGAUUUUAUACUGCCUGAAUUGGAGGAUUGAACCCAAAAAUAGUUUAACAAGGUGGCUGCUAGUGCUGAUAAAAUUAUAGAAGUCAUACAUAUGGAAGAUAGUUGCUGUCUGUAUAAGACUUGUUGUAUGAGUCACAAUUUAAACACAUGCUAAUCAACGUUGACUAGUUAUGUUCUCUACUGCCGUUUAAGUUCCCUUGUCAUUGACAUGAAUGGAAAUGUUCUUAAUCAUUUUAUUUAGAAUAAAAAAUUUUAGAAGAAUUCAAAUCAA